UCCGUUAGAGGGGGCAGUUACCUUCAGUCAGUCUGAAGACAGUCGGUCGGUGAGUCUCUUCUUAACUUCUAACCGUCGCCGUCAGGAACCAGAGCGGUAAUAUUAGUUAGUUUUUAACGUGUUUUCUUGUCAUCUGAAGUCUUUUCGUCUGUUUUUAACCGUUUCUUUUAAAGAACCGUGUACCGGAGACACGGAGUUCCUGUUAACUCCCGCUAACGGUUAACCGUUAACGUCACAUUCAGACUGAAGCUAACUGAUGCUAACUGCUAACUGACGGUGACCGGGCUCUAACGGUUACCGGAACUCUGAUCUCUCAUUCGGCUUCGUUUCUGGGAACUUUCCGUCUUUAAUUCGACCGGAACUCGGAAUCCGAAACUUUCCAGUGAACUUGUUUGAAAAUGGAGCCGGAGAGUUAAGAGUUAGUCCUAUUUCCUCCUGCUAGCAGAACCAGAACCACUGGGUUUAUUAAUACAGAACCAGCAGAACCAGUGGGUUUAUUACUAUAGAACCAGUAGAACCAGUGGGUUUAUUAAUACAGAACCAGCAGAACCAGUGGGUUUAUUACUAUAGAACCAGUAGAACCAAUGGGUUUAUUACUAUAGAACCAGUGGGUUUAUUAAUGUAGAACCAUUAGAACCAGUGGGUUUAUUAAUGUAGAACCAGUAGAACCACUGGGUUUAUUAGUAUAGAACCAGUAGAACCCGUGGGUUUAUUAGUAUAGAACCAGUAGAACCAGUGGGUUUAUUAGUAUAGAACCAGUAGAACCAGUGGGUUUAUUACUACAGAACCAGCAGAACCAGUGGGUUUAUCACUAUAGAACCAGUGGGUUUAUUAAUACAGAACCAGUAGAACCAGUGGGUUUAUCGAUAACCUCCCAGUAGAACCAGUGGGUUUAUCGAUAACCUCCCAGUAGAACCAGUGGUUUAUUACUACAGAACCAGUGGGUCGGGAUGGCCGGGGACUCCACCACCAGCUUCUCGCUCCUCCACCGGACCUGUAAGCUGGUGGUUCUGCUGUGCUUCCUCCACAUCUCCGUCACCGUUGUCUUCUACGUCCGCUCUCUGGACAUCCGGUUCGCCUUCGCCCAGAACCAGCAGUCCCAUCACGUUACCACGCAGACAAACCGGGUCAGAAACACCGAACUCCCCCGAGAGAAGGGGGUUGCUGCAGAGCUGGACCCGCAGCAGAAUCGGAAUGACAAGCCAGAACUUCCGAAGGACGAGCCGAAACCUCCGGAGCAACCGGUGGAGGAGAAGAAGAAGCUGGAGAAAUGUCCCGAGACGUCCCCAUUGCUGGUGGGUCCUCUGCGGGUGGAGUUCAACAUUCCGGUGAGCCUGGACCAGAUCAAGAAGGAGAACCCCAACCUGCAGCCGGGGGGACGCUUCAGACCCAGAGACUGUGUGGCGCAGCAGAAGGUCGCCAUCAUCAUCCCCUUCCGCAAGCGAGACGAACACCUCAAGUACUGGCUCUACUACCUGCACCCCAUCCUGCAGCGCCAGCAGCUGGACUACGGUGUCUACGUCAUCAACCAGGAUGGAGACGAGAUCUUUAACCGAGCCAAGCUGCUGAACGUGGGCUACGCCGAGGCUCUGAAGGAGUACGACUACGGGUGCUUCGUCUUCAGCGACGUGGACCUGAUCCCCAUGGACGACCGCAACACCUACAAGUGCUUCAGUCAGCCUCGUCACCUGUCUGUGUCCAUGGACAAGUUCGGCUUCAGGUUACCUUAUAAUCAGUAUUUUGGAGGCGUGUCCUCGAUGAGUAAAGAACAGUACCUGAAGAUCAACGGCUUCCCCAACAACUACUGGGGCUGGGGGGGGGAGGACGACGACAUCUACAACAGGUUGGCGUCAAGAGGGAUGUCCAUCUCCAGAGCCAGCGGAGACAUCGGGAGGUGUCGAAUGAUUCGUCACGAGAGAGACAAACAGAACGACCCCAACCCCCAAAGGUUCGACCGGAUCGCUCACACCAGAGACACGAUGAACAAAGACGGGAUCAAAUCUCUGACCUACAAAGUGGUGAAAGUGGAGAAGCUGGAUCUGUUCACUAAGAUCACGGUGGAUGUGGGGAAACCGUGACGGUGAGCGGCAGAGGUCUGAUCACGGUGGACGUGGGGGAAACCGUGACGGCGAGCGGCACAGGUCAGCUGACUGAUGCAGUAAAACACACUUGAAUCUUUCAGGUUCUUGUCCGGUUGGAUCCGGUGUGCUGGACUCAAACAUCA